AAUGAGCAUUGAAGAGGAAACGACAUUAUGGAUGUAGCUGUAAGCUCGGCUGAAAAUGUGCUACACGACUGUCCUGAACUUCGGCCGUUCCUACUCUUCAACGCACGACUCACAGGUACUACUAUCGGAUCUGGAGCCUAUGGCUGUGUUGAAGAAGUGGCCAUUCCUGGAGCCAUCUGUGCUGCUAAAAAGAUCCACAAUAUAUUUCACGACCCGGCACAGGUCCCCGCCGCUGCUAUACGCAAGGCUUUUAACCAGUUCGUCAAAGAAUGUCAACUGAUGAGUACCCUCCGUCACCCCAAUAUCGUGCAGUUUCUGGGUAUCACUUUCUUCCCCGGAUCGCAACUGCCUGUUCUUGUAAUGGAGCGACUGCUGACGAGUCUGCACGAUUUGCUAGAGCCAGAAGUGGAUCCACUAUUAUCGGCUAGUGAAAAGCAGUUUUUCCCACUCAGUCUCAAGUGCUCCAUACUGGAAAACGUGGCUAGCGGCCUUGUCUACCUCCACGAGCGAUCUCCGCCCGUUAUCCACCGCGACCUGUCGGCUAGAAACGUCCUUCUAAACUCAGCGUUGGUCGCAAAAAUCGCCGACCUCGGCGUUGCGCGAAUAGUUCCUCGAAUGACAGUCGCAGCCACUAUGACCAAAGCACCUGGGGCUGGUGUGUACAUGCCUCCUGAGGCUCUAGAACACCAACCAAGUUGUGAAAGGAGGAGCAAAGAAAACGACCAAAAAUCGAAGUAUGACGCAAGCAUUGAUGUAUUCUCUUAUGGCGUUGUGGCUAUUUUCACACUAUGCCAAACGUUCCCCUGCAAUUUGCUAGCUCCCACUUAUCGUGACAAGCAGAGAAAAAUUGCAGGCCGUAGUGAGCUAGAAAGGCGUGAAAGUUAUAUGAGCAUGAUACGCAGUCAGCUAAAAGAAGGGCACCCCCUCCUUCAGAUGAUAGAGGGAUGUUUAGACUUUCCCGAGGACCGGCCUACGAUUCAUGAGGUACUCGGUCUGUUAGAGCAAGCCAGAGCUGUGAUCAGGGAUAAACAUGUUGACAUGAAUAAGCUUGAAUUGGUUCAAGCCCUUCAUGCUCACUCCAGGAGCCAACAAAUUUUGGAGGAAAACCUCUAUUCCCAUGUGCAUUUGUUACAAGAGAAGCUGAUGAAAACAAAAGUAGAGCUAAGAAAAGCAGAGGAAGUUAUAGGAAAAUUGCAGCAGCAAAACAUGGAGGGACAACAGCUGCAAUCUAGUGGAACAUGGGAGGAACAGCAGUUGAGGAGAACAAGAAAGCCCCAUGUUGAAGUGAUCAUCCAGGAAAGACAUCUGGAGACACAAGGGAAACACUGUCCGAGAAAAAAUGAUGCUGAAGUAGCUACUUCUCCAAGGAAUAUCAGAAAUGUUAGGCCGCAGAAAAAUGAAGAGACAAAGCAAUUGCUAGAAACUGGAAGAUCUUACUCUAUACAAGCUGAACGGCAACCGAAAGAGCUUGCCAUACAAUGCUACUCCAAAAAACCGGCAUCUCAAGAAAUUGUCAGGGGAUCUGCAACAACUGAUGGUGAAACUACUUACAUCACCCUGAACGAGUCCAACUCAGUUUAUGGCUAUAAAUGGAGUAUAGAGAAGUGGGAACAACUUCCAUCAUGUGUGUAUUUUAAUUCUGGACUAGUUAUCAUCAGUGGCGAAUUAGCAGCUGUUGGAGGAUGGGAUGGUUGUCACUGUACGAGGAAGAUCUUCACUCUACGAGAGAGAAAAUGGGUCGUGGACACUCCUCCAAUGAACGUGGGCCGCUCCCAUGCUGCUGUACUUAAGAGUGGUGACAACAUCAUUGUAAUUGGUGGGUUUGAUAAUGGUCGAAGCUGGACUAACAGCGUUGAGCUAUUACAAGCAAGGUGUAGAAAAUGGGUCAAACUAACCCCCCUUCCACUUCCCCUCUCCAACCCUUCUGCCACAAUGUGCGGCAAUUUUGCACAUGUAAUAGGAUCAAGUGGUUGUGGUUGCUCGUGUUUCCUUCAAAUCCCACCACCAACUGAAAAACCAACUGUGUCACAUCUCAUUUCGUGGACGCCACUCCCUCCACUACCAGUGAAUGACUCAACUGCCACUACUCUCUGUGGACAGCUAGUGAUUUUUGGUGGAAAGCAGCGUGGUAUGUGGGUCAACUCCAUAUGCCAGCUCCUGGAUGGCAAAUGGGUGGAGAUUGGUUCUAUGUGUAGUAGCAGGAGUGAGUGUUUACUCGCUAGCACAUCACCAGAAAAGACACUUGUACUUGGCGGGUGGGGAGCACAGAAAUUUGUUGAAGAAUGUACUGUUAUUGUUGCAUAAAUAUGUUGUUGUUACAAAACUAUUGGCACAUACACAGUCUUUUACUCCCACAGUUUUUACUCCCACCUUUCGUUUCUGCCUUGCAUUCCUUCAUCGACCUUAGGGUUGAAUAAUAGCAUUGCUAACUUACAAUGAAAAGCACUGAAGUGCAAACCCUCGGCGAACUGCGCAUGCGCGGUAUAUUAGUAUGCGCGGUCUCCCGCUAGUAUAUAGCUCGAAGAGAGUCUGACAAGGGCUAGCUACAGUAGUAGAUUAGCAUGCGAGAGUCGAUACACGCCCUUCGUUGUGACUUCUUGUG